AUGACUGCCGACCACCAAUCGGGAGGAGCUGCUCGUGGGGAUGUGAAACCUAAUGGAUGGUCUGCCAUUCCAUGGAAGUUCCUGAAAAUGUUGAAAAAUUACUGUCUAAAUACUACUAUUCAUGGGUUAAGAUAUUUUGUAGAAAAAGAUCGUCAUAUUGUCGAGAGGGCCUUCUGGCUGGUGUGCGUGGCCGUAUCGUGGGUGUGCGCCGUGCUGCUGGUGCAGGAGGCGUGGUACGCGUUCCGCUACAACCCCAUCAACUUCGUGGUGCACCCUGCAGAACCUGGCUCCGCUACGCCGUUUCCCUCAGUAAUCAUCUGUCCAAGGGACAACAGGCCUGUCAUAGAAAAAUUUACGAAAAGGUACCUUAAAACAAAAUCAAAAAUGGAUAUAUUCCAGUUUGGUGACGCUCUUAAAGAAGUGGUGUACUUCACUGGGCGUCUAGCCAGCUAUAACACAGUUUGCAUGAAGGGGGGUGAUUUUAAACCUGAAUCCAAGUGUUUUAGAAACAACUUUACGCAUCUGGUAUAUUCAUUGCAGAUGAAGUGCAAAGAUUUAUUCGAUACCUGUCACUGGAGAGGUGAAGAGAUAAAGUGCUGUGACAAUUUUUUGCCACUCCAUUCAGACAGAGGGAUUUGCUACGCCAUCAACAAUGUAAAUACAUGGAAAGAUGGACGACGGCCAAGCACAGCCAUUGAUAUGACUUCGAAUGGAACAACUAAGGAUCCAAGACUGGUAGUAAAAUUUAAGAAAAUUACAACGACUGAUUGGCCUGUGCAGCAGCAGCAGCAGCAGCACUUCCUUAUUUCCAAGGUCAUAUUGGGAACCGCAGAUGCCAAGGUCAAGAUGGGGAGGGGAGGGAAGGAAGGACCCUGCCAGCCCCACACAGUUCUGCUAAUUUUGAUUGAAACAUCCCCAGCACUGAAUGCUCCUCGCUCUGCUCUACAACUAUUUCUACAUUAG